GAGUUUGCCCUGGGAACAAGGAAAGGAGGAACAGAACAGCAUCAGAAUGUUGGCUGGGCUGUGGAGCAUUUUCUCCCUGUGCUCUGGCUCAACCUCUUCAUAAAAGCCCAGGGAGAAGGAGGUGGAGAUUCCCCAACUGAAGGGGGAGGGUUUCCUGCGCCUCUCUGACAGGGGUGCACCUCUGCAUUAGGGAGUGGGAGCCAGAUCGGGAAGACCGGGAAAUCAUGCUCUUCAUCUGGGCUCUGCAAUUGGCUUUAGUGCUCCAGGGGGGCUUUUCUGCCGCACAACCAUUCAGGUCCUCCCCUGGGAAUGCAGACCAGUGGAUGAAUUGGUGUGAAGAACAUAAAGCUCUCCACAGUCGUCUAGACCUUGUGGAAGAGACCCUGGACAAGACUGUGGAGCACCUCGAGUCUGAAGUAAAGAGCCUGCUGAACCUGAUGGAUGGGAUAGCCUGGAACUUGCCCCCGGAGCCUGGGAGCCCCGCUGAGAACUUCUUUGGAGAUGGAGGAAAAAUAGACAUGGCUGGGUCUUGCCAUCUCUUCAGCUCUGCUGAUGAGCAAAGGGAGCUCCCCGCAGACGAGGAAGAGGAUGCAGGGGGAGGGGAGAUGUGAAUCCCUAUGACGACCAAGAGGACCUGGAGCUGAGGGCAGCAGUGGCUCCACGACUUUUUGGAUAACUCCCUCCCCAGGUGGCUGUUCUUCCAUCCACUUGGACACCUGUUGGAAAAGGCUGUCAUGUAAUAAAUGUGUCUUGUACUGUGAGCGGUAA